GCGAGAGGUGAAAAAUUAACGGGAUCGUUACGCGUAAUAUAAAUCAGUCCGUUCAUUUUCUUACGCCAGGGUCGCUGUGCAAACGAGCUCCCGACAGGAUGGAGUCCACCUGAGGAGGAGGCUCCGCACCGAUCUGCACGUUUAUAUAUCGGUCCCAGGUGUUUCGUCCGAAUUGCACUUCGUUGAUCUCGCCGCUCCACCGAAAGGUCGCACCAUGUCCAAGUACAACGUCAACGAGGAAUUCGGAAUGGAGAACCGCAGGGAGGUCACGCUGACUGGCUUCAGCAGCAACGCGCUCGAUGACGUUCUUCGCAGCAACAACAACGAGCCGAAUACGCUAAACGGUAAUCCUGGCGGCGUUCACGCCAUCACCAAAGACGCGAAGAUCGUGAAUCUCGAGGUCCCUCAAGAUUCCAGUAGUACGAGUGCUGUAUGUACUUCCGGAAGAAGAUGGCUCUCUCGACGAGUCAGAAGAUCUUGUAGGAAGAAGCUACUAUUUAAGAGAAUACCGAUCCUAACGUGGCUGCCAAAUUACCGGAAGGAAUAUAUAGUAAGCGAUUUAGUAGCUGGUAUCACCGUAGGCCUCACCGUCAUACCGCAAGCCAUAGCGUAUGCUAAUGUCGCAGGAUUACCAUUACAGUAUGGACUCUAUUCAUCUUUCAUGGCCUGUUUCGUGUAUACAAUUUUCGGCUCUUGGAAAGACGUACCUGUCGGGCCAACCGCAAUCGCCGCGAUUUUAACAAGAGAAACUUUACAAAAGGCCCACCUAGGAUCUGAUUUCGCUGUUUUACUGUGUUUCAUUUCGGGUUGUGUCUCUUUAUUAAUGGGCAUUUUGCAACUAGGAUUUUUACUGGAUUUUAUAUCGGGGCCGGUAUCCGUUGGUUUCACAUCGGCCGCAUCGAUUAUCAUCGCCACCAGCCAGGUGAAAGAUAUUCUUGGUCUCAAAGUUUCCGGUACCAAGUUCGUGCAAGUCUGGCAAAGUAUCUUCGAGCAUAUCGCCGAGUCGAGACGUUGGGAUACCGCUUUGGGAAUCAUCUGCAUAAUCGUUCUUCUGCUUCUCCGAAAAGUAAAGGAUUUGCCAGUAGUACCAAAAAAUACCAAAGUACCAUCGGGGAUCCAACAAGUUAUCACAAAGUUAUUCUGGCUAAUCUCCACCGCCAGAAACAUUAUCGUCGUGAUCGUCUGCGCGGUAAUGUGCUGGCUCCUCGAGGAACACUUAGGAGAAUCGCCCGUCAUUUUAACGGGCCAUGUGAAGCAAGGAUUACCGGAAUUCCGUUUGCCACCUUUCGAAGCUCAGGUCGGGAACGAGACCUAUACUUUCAUCGACAUGAUUUCCUCUCUGGGCACCGGCUGUCUAGUCGUCCCGAUGCUAAGUCUGUUAGAAACCAUCUCCAUCGCCAAAGUAUUUUCUGAGGGUAAGUCGAUAGACGCGACUCAAGAAAUGUUGGCGUUGGGUGUGUGCAAUGUAGUGUCAUCGUUUGUAUCAUCAAUGCCCGUGAGUGGUGGCCUCAGCCGAGGCGCGGUCAAUCACUCGUCCGGAGUAAAGACGACACUCGGUGGAGUCUACACCGGACUAUUAGUGCUUAUAUCGUUGCAGUUCCUAACGCCCUAUCUGUAUUACAUACCUAAGGCCACUCUAGCGGCCGUCAUCAUCGCCGCGGUUGUCUUUAUGGUGGAGUUCCAAGUGGUGAAGCCAAUGUGGCGAAGUAAAAAAAUUGAUCUCAUACCAGCCAUAACCACGUUCCUAUGUUGUCUUUUCAUACGACUCGAACUGGGCAUCGUGAUCGGCAUCGGUAUAAAUCUCUUGUUCCUACUUUAUGCCUCGGCCAGACCGACGUUACGAGUUCAUAAAGCUACGAGUAUUAGUGGUUGUGAAUAUCUUGUCAUAACUCCGGAUCGAAGUUUAGUGUUUCCAAGUGUCGAAUACGUGCGUGCCGUCAUUAGCAAGCAAGGUUUGCGGGAAGGUAUCGCCGUGCCUGUUGUAAUAGAUUCUAUGCAUAUCCAGGCAGCCGAUUUCACCGCUGCAAAGGGCAUUAAAACUUUGAUAGAGGAUUUUACUAAACGGGGCCAACCUCUAAUCUUUCAUAACUUGAAACCGAGCGUUAUCGAGAUCUUUAAAGGUGUGAAACCCUCCGGGCUCACGUGCAGUUCCAGUGAACUUGAACUCAACGACUGUCUUAAAGGUAAAUCGAUUUUUAUAGAAUGCCUCAUUUCUGGUACAAAUUUUCUAAAUAUUAUAUUAUUUUUAUUUUAGAGUACACGAAUGCUUCAACUGAGACUCUCAAUCGAUAUUAAAUAUGCAGUUGAAGAUAUAAUAUCUUUUUUUCCUUAAAGAGCAUCAGUAUUAUAGUGAAAAUAUCGUGGCGUUGAAGACAUUACACG